CUUGGGAAGGCUGGAAGCGAAUUCCAACUAGCUACCUUCAACAGGCGUGCGUCUCCCUUUAUUUGGGUUGGGAUGCUUUACGAACAACUGACAUGGAAGUAUGCCAGUAGUGUAUCCGAGGACACAGAGCUUCCGCGAUAGAGAUCGAGUUUUACAAACUUUUAUGGACAGUUAAUUACUUUACUGGAACCCCAAAUAAAAGAGAAAAGCUGACUACCGGCCGAUCUGUCUGUCCGUACCCAGCUAAACAAGUGGAUUUAGGACAAUGGCUUUGUGAAUUAGGUUAAGGCAAACUCAAAACCGUGGACUCUCAUUUACUGUUGGACUGCUCAGUUCAAUGUGGGCUUGGAAGGAUUGUCCGUCUUUAUGUGAAAUUAAAUGAUGGCAUCGCGUUGGAAAGGUCCCUGUGAUGAAGAUGAACAACUGCCAGGACCUCCUUUAUGCGAGAAUGACCCUCCAGAGUGGAGUAAUGGGGGGGAGCACGUCCCCGGCGUGUUACCAGAGGAUGAGGAGUGUUUCUCCUGGCCGGGGCCUAAGACCCUGCUCCUGCGCCGCACCGCUCAGGGCUUCGGCUUCACGCUCCGACACUUUAUUGUGUACCCCCCAGAGUCGGCCGUACACCAGCCCUACCUGGAGGAAGAGCGUGGCCGCAGAGGGCGACAGCGCAACAGGCUGGAGCCAAUGGACACGAUCUUUGUGAAGCAAGUGAAGGAAGGAGGCCCUUCUCAUGAAGCAGGCCUCUGCACAGGGGACCGGAUCGUCAAGGUGAACGGAGCCAGCAUCAUCGGUAAAACCUACUCCCAGGUCAUCAGCUUGAUCCAGAACAGUGACAUCUUCCUUGAACUCUGUGUGAUGCCCAAAGACGAGGACAUUCUUCAGCUGGCCUACUCCCAAGAUGCCUACCUGCGCAGUCACGGCGCCUACAGCGGAAACGCCCGUCACAUCCCAGAGCCGCCCCCCUUAUGCUACCCCAGAGUAGACUGUAAGCCCCCGGGGAUGGCCCAGGCGACAGACAUGUCCCGGGCUGGGGCACCCCCUGACCUUGGCUACCGCAAGGAGAUCCCCGUUACCCCUUCCCCAUCUCCCCAGCGGCAGACGGCGGCGUGCAUAAGGAACGAGAGCGUGCGAACGGUGGUGGUCCCACCAGACACGGUGCAUGGUGGUCACGUGGGUCUGCCCCCGACUCAUCGAGUGGACUACCUGGACCCGGUUUAUCUCAGGGGGAGGCCUGGCUCAGUGUCCCAGUACCCCCUGAUGCCCAGAAAAAUGGACGUGUACCCCCCAGGGAUGGUCCCCUACGGCCCCCCACCGCCCCACUACCCACCCAGCCACCAGAACAUCGACUGGCGUACCUACCAGACGUACCGGGAGUACAUAGACAACAAGGGCAUCCACUCUCACGGCAGCUGGACCAUCCAGGAGAGGCUGGAUAGCAUGCGAGCCUCAAGCCACAACACCUUCAAUGCCGGCCACCACAUCCCCCGUGGGGGUUGGGGGCACCCUAGGGCGGCUCUUCGCCGCAGAAGCACCUCCCACGACCGGGUAUACCAUGGCCCCCCGCCCCCAUUCCACCUCCCCCUGCGCAGCGCUUCCCAGGACCGCAUGAGCAUGGCAGAGAGGAGCGCCCCGCCCAGGAACUGGCCGCCUCGAAGCGUGUCCCAGGACGCCCUGGUACUAAAGGCCCGUGCGCGCUCCACGGACUAUGCAGACCCAGCCGACGUGGCCCGGCCUGCGGACUGGAGGGGCUACAGCCGGGUGGAGCAGGGCAGCCGGCCCGCCAGACAGUCCCUUCCCAGCCAGCCACCCAUCCACAGGCCUGUGUACGGUGGCAGCGUCCGGGCCGCCCCCAACUCGAUGCUGUACACGAAAGGACCAGAGCAGCUCCAUUCCCAUGCCUCGCCCAUGCCUGCGGACAGGCCCUCUCAUCUGGGGAAGAGCAUCAGCAACGAGCCCUCACCUAAUGACCAAAGAGCUGGAGGGAAAGGUACCGAUGGGAGCCAGGCAGGCCAGCAGGCCCAGAGCAGAGGGCGGGCAGAGAGCAUGCUGCCUGGAGGAGGGGAUGGGGCCGGGAGGGAGGUGGGCCUCCGGUCGUCCUCCUGCUCUGCUUCCAGUAAGAAACAGCAGCGACCUGGUAUUCUCAAGAUCCACCACCAAGAGCCCCAGGGCCAGGUGAAUGGGCGGAGUCCAAGCGAGGCCGGGGGGGUUGUCCUCAGGGAGAAACCACAUCCGGGGAAGAGCGGCCACCCCCUCCGCCACCCUUCCUACAUCCUGGCUGUCAACGAGGAAGGGGCAGAGCCCGCCGUGGCGGAUGCAGUCUGCUGGCUGCCCAACGACGCACGGCGGGAGAUGCAGAUGAGGCGCCUGGACGAGCAGCGACAGACCUCAUGCUCCAGCAACCUGGAUGAAUCUCUGGAUGCCAUUCCCUUCAUCGACGAGCCUGCUAGCCCAAGUGUUGACCACGAGGCCACGCCCAUUCCAGCCUCCGCGGUCAUAUCUGCUGGUCCAGCAAUCACUACAGUCCCGCCCAGCCCCACCUCCCCGUGCCCCCUCAUUCGCCGGCAGCUGUCACAUGACCAAGAGUCCCUCCGAAAUGCUAUCUUGGAGUCAGAAAAUGGUAACAAAACCGAGCGCUCCAAAUCCUAUGACGAGGGUCUGGACAACUACAGAGAAGAGGGCAGAGGACGGUCGUCUAGUAAGCACAUGCCCAGCUUGCGAGGACUCAGAAAAGCUCUGGAUGGACACAAGUCUUCAGAUGACUCCUGCUCCAGGAGGGACUCGUCCUCCGACAUCUUCAGCGACUCUACAAAAGAGGGUUGGCUCAACUUCCGUCAGCUCAACACCGAUAAGAAUAAGCGAGUGGGUGGGGGGAUGAAGUCCUGGAAGCAGAUGUAUGCGGUGCUGCGAGGCCACGCUCUCACCCUCUACAAGGACAAGAAGGAGGGGCUGUCCCACCUCUCCUCCACCCAGUCUGAUGAGGAUCCCCAGCCAAUCAGCAUCAAGGCCUGCCUGAUUGAUAUCUCCUACAGCGACACGAAGCGCAAGAACGUGCUGCGUCUGACCACGUCGGACUGCGAGUACCUGUUCCAGGCCGAGGGACGGGAUGACAUGCUGUCGUGGAUCCGGCUCAUCCAAGAGAACAGUAACGUCGAUGAGGAGAAUGCUGCCAUCACCAGUCAGGACCUGAUCAGCAGGAAGAUCAAAGAGUACAACACCAUGAUGAGCGCUCCAAGCAGCAGGACAGAGCCCUCCCCCAAAACCUCCCGGCAGUCUCUCAGCAUCAAACAGGCCUUCCUGGGUGGCAAGGGAGAGGCCAAGAGCCAGAGCCCCCACUCCCCUAAAGCAGGAGAGGACAGGAGGGCACUCCGAGACGACUCCAGCCCACCUCGGGACAAAGCCACCUGGAGGCGGGGCAUCCCAGGCAUCAUGAGGAAGCCCUUUGAGAAGAAACCCUCUCCUGGGGUCACUUUUGGGGUACGUCUGGACGACUGCCCACCUGGCCAGAACAACAGGUUUGUUCCUCUGAUCGUGGAGGUGUGCUGUGGGCUGGUGGAGGGGAGAGGGCUGGAGUACACAGGCAUAUACAGAGUACCAGGCAACAACGCAGCCAUCUCCAGCAUGCAGGAAGAGCUCAACAGCAAAGGCAUGACGGACAUCGACAUCCAAGAGGACAAAUGGCGGGACCUUAACGUGAUCAGCAGUUUACUGAAAUCCUUCUUCCGGAAACUUCCAGAACCUCUUUUUACAAAUGAAAAAUAUGCAUGUUUUAUUGAUGCCAAUCGAACAGAGGACCCAGUGGAGCGGUUGAAAGUCCUCAAGAGGCUUAUCCAUGAAUUGCCUGACCAUCACUAUGAAACUCUUAAAUUCCUCUCUGGUCAUCUCAAGAAGGUUUCUGAAAACUGUGAAAAGAACAAGAUGGAGCCCCGUAACCUGGCCAUUGUCUUUGGUCCCACUCUGGUCCGGACGUCGGAGGACAACAUGACCAACAUGGUCAACCACAUGCCAGACCAGUGCAAGAUAGUGGAGAACCUCAUCCAGCAGUACGACUGGUUCUUCACAGAGGAGGGCGACGAGGACCCUGUUACAUCUGCCGAGCAGGAUAGCACCGUACAGUCUCAGCCUGUACCCAACAUCGACCACCUGCUCUCCAACAUUGGCCGCACCACCGCUGCCACCAGCAGCACCUCUCCAGGGGAAGUCUCAGAUUCCGCAUGUAGUGACUCGUCCAAAUCAAAGGGCCUAUGGGGGUCUGGGAGGGACCAGUGUAGCAGAGAGAUGCUGCGCUCCUCCUUCUUUGUCAGCCGCAAGCGUAAGAAGCCCAAGGAUAAAGCCCAACCCAGCAGCUCUGACGACGACCUAGACUCUGUCUUCCCCAAGAAAGAGCUCCCUGAGCAGGGCCAGGUCCUGGCCACUCCCCCAACCCAGGCUCCCUGGUCUCUGGGCGGCCAGGAGGUGGAGGAGGAGAGGAGGGCUGAGGACGGGAGGAGGAGGGACACGCACUGCUCUUUGGCGGACAAGGUUGACGGCAAAACGGGGAACCGGAAAGAGUCUCGCUCCAGCAUCUCCCAGCCCUCGCCUUCACCCUCGCCCAAACACCUCUCCUCACCCUCCCCUAUCCUCCGCACGCGCUCCCCCUACACCUCCCCCUCCCACUCCCCCAGCUUAAGCUACCGCAUGCAGACAGUCCACCAGUCCUCGCUGUCCGACCCCCCUUCAGCCUACGAGGACGGCGUGUCGGACCUGGGCACCAUGAACAGCACCAGCUCCCAAGCCUCGGCUGCCAGGCCUCAGCAGGGCCGGCCGGGGCCAGAGGCCGGGGCCAGCGCACCAGGGGCGGAGGUCUGCUCCAUCACCUCAGAUUACUCCACCACCUCCUCCAUGACCUUCCUGACCGGGGCAGAGCUGAACGCGCUCAGCCUGGAGGUGCGCUCGGUGGCCGAGAGCCGGGGAGGCGACGACGCCGACGACGAACGCAGCGAGCUGUUCAGCGAGGGCCGAGCCAUGGAGACGGACAGUGAGAACGAGCUGUCGGCGUUCGCCGGCGGCAAGGAGACGGGGCACACAGUGGAGAUCGGCCAACCGGAAAUCCUGGAGUUGCCCCGCCCCCUGCCCUCCCACAGGCUCAUAGAAUGCGACACCCUCUCCAGGAAGAAGUCAGCGAAUGCACGUCUCAAGACUGAGAGCGACUCUUCUGUAGACGGAGGGCGCGGCAAUAAGACUGCCUGCACCCUGGGCCCCCGAGGCACCUCCCCCGCCAGCCUCAGCACCUCUUCCUCCUCCCGCAGCGAGUCUGACAAGGCUGAGCCGGCGUGGCGCCUGAAGAUCACCGACCGCCUCAAGUUCCGCCUGCGCACGUCCGUGGAUGACAUGUUCGGGGUGGGCACCCAGAGGAGCCGCUCCCCAGAGGGCCGCACUAAGAAGAAGAACAUCAGGCGCAGACACACCAUGGGUGGCCAGAGAGACUUCGCCCAGCUGUCGGUGCUGGGCGGCUGGCAGGAGCAGGCCGGGGGGGGCUCGCGAGCCGAGCUGUCGGCCGUGGACCGCCUCAAGCCCAAGUGCAGCUCCCAGGACUUCUCCAUCCGGGAGUGGAUCGCUCGAGAGCGCCACCGCGCCAGCAACCCCGAGGUCAGCCUCGACACCUCGGCUGAGCAGCAAGGAGACCCCCCGGCCCUAGACCCCCCCGUGGGGCUGCUGAACGGAGACCCUCCCCAGGGGAAAAACCUUAGCUUGUCUGCCACUGCCCACCCACACAAACUGUCUGGAGCCCAGGUGGUACACUCUCGCUUCUACCAGUACCUGUAAGGGGAGCGAGUGUGUGAGGGAAAGGAAGACAGUGAGACUGAUGUGUGUGUAGGUGUGUUUGUUUGUUUCGUCUGUGUGAGUCAUCCGUGACUGAGUUGUGUAAGCCUGUGUACAGAACCUGGGAGAUGUCUGUUAGGUGUGCGUUGUUGUGUGUCAUCUGUGUACGCAUUUGUGAAAUAAAAGGGUUACUGUACUGAUAUAUCUCAAGAUUCAAGGCAUGGAACAAAAACUUAGAUGUUGUGAAUAUAUAUUUUUCUCUUUUUCAAGAGAAAUUACUUUUUAAUUAAAUUACAUUUGGGACUGUGAUGGGGGUGGGAAGUACUCAAGCUUCUCAGACUCCUAACCAUGCUGGAAAUUGAGAGGAGAACCUGUUCUCUUUGGACUGAACGAACCUGUGAAGUUGGGUGUAAGAAAGUGUAAACCCAAUGUAGAGAUUGUGAGGUCAACUAACUGGCUUUAAGGUAAACAAACGAGUUGUAUGGUGAGGAGGAGAUGAGGAGGAGAACGGACUGGUUUUAGUAUUGCAGAGGAAUUAUUUUUGUGUAAAAGAUGAUGGGUCUCAGUGAGUCCUUCAGUAACCAAAUGAAGAAUGUGUGUGCUUGCUGUAAUACCGACUAAAAGCUUUAUUUGCUUGUGUUUCUAUUUGAAAUGUGUACAUACUGUGUACAUCUGUGUACUUGAAGUGUUCUGACGGUACGGCCUACGUGUAAAACCACCUCUGUGUGGAGGGUCAUUCCCAUGGUACAAUGUGACAAGGAAACACUGGACACAAUGGUAUUACGGUUAACCUCUUCCCCUUCACAGUGAUAGAAAAAGAGCCGUGAACAACAUCUGAUGCAAAAUGCUGUUUAUGUGUCAAUGUGUUAAUGGUCUCAUGCAUUUGUCAGUUGUACUGGCAUCAGAUGUGGAAAAACAAAAGAAUGAAAAGAGGGCGGAGACGAAUCAAAUCAAAAAUUAUGUUUCUUGGCAAUAGGAAGUGCCUCAUACUUAAAGGGUGCCAUAAAGUCUUUGUUGACAUGUGCAAAGAUGCUACUGGGUAUAGCGUUUUUUUUAUCGUUGACUGGCACAGUCAUUCUACAAGUAAUGUUUAGACGGACGCAGAGCUUCCACUCCCUAGGCAUUCCAUUCUGGUCUUAACACGUUUUAUACUCACUUUUCGUUCUUUCUGUUCAACUUGCAUUUUUGGGAUUUUAACAGAACUUGAAUUUUAAAUAUGUCUGUAAAAUAAGUAACUUAAAUGUGUAUAUAAAUGCUGUGUUUUAGCUUCUUUUCUCUUCAUUUCCAUCAAAUUUGCCAGAUUUUUGUAAGUACAGUAUUGUGAGGUGUCGCUCUCGGUGAGCCAGGAGAGGUGGGGGUAGUGGGAGAGUUGGAGCAGUGCCCCCUGCAGGUGAACACAUGUCAUUGAGUUUGACUGUUUGGGGGGUGGGGCAGGCCCGGGGGCCCCUAAAACACUGGAAUUAAAAGGUGUCAAUGGCAAAACG